AUGCCUAUUUUUAAAGGUCUUUUUGAUGUUUAAUAAUUACAGAUAAUAACAGAAGAUUCUGAUAAUCAAUAUUACCAUUUAAUUGAUGAGUAAUUCAUAUAAGAAACAAUCAUAAAUUAUUUAGAGGUUUUAGCUAAUACACAAAAUGAAAAAUUCAAUAUGCCAAGUAUUUAGGCUAUACUUUCAUUUUUCUUUUAAGUUAAAAAUUUUGCAACUCAACAGAAUUUAUUUAAAGUAUUAUCUUAGAUAUUUUUGUGUUAUUCUUCUCCUAUUGGAGUAGAACUUGUUCAAGAAUAAAUAGGAAGCACAUAUGAGUUAUAAGUAAUAAUUCAAAUCUAAUUAAGAUAUAAAAUUAUGUUUAAUAAAGAAAUUAAAUGAAGGAAAGAUUAAAUCAUUUAUUUUUAAUAAAAUAAUUAAGCAUCGAGGAAAGCAAUAGAAUUAAUUCUCAUAUUAAUCUAUAUAAUUUUGCCAUAGGAAUUUAUGAAGGGAUUAAUAAAGGAAUCACCAACAAAACAAUAUUAACUUGGAGUAUUUCUGCUGCUGAAAAAGCACUUAUUGGAUAUAGAAUAGUGAGUAAAUAAUUUCAAAGAUAAAUUCAUUAUCAGAUUGCAGAUCUUCAUUUGAUUUUAACAGAUUGUUUUAUAUAGUUGGAAUAAUUAUCAACUAUCAUAUUUCAUUUAGAAGCUGCAGAAGAUGAAUUAAUGAGUUGGUUUAAAUAGAAUAAACAUCCUCUAAAAGCUCAUUUCUUAAUGAAAUAAGGAGCUUUAAGACCUUGGAUAUAAGAAUAAUUUAUUUUAUAUAUAUCAUGGAUGAAUGAAUUACCUCGAUUAAAUAGAUUAAAUAUUUUCACCAUAAUUAGAGGGUUAUUACUUUAAAAUAGAAAAUUAUUAUAAAUAUUUGAAUAGAAUAAUUAAGACCUUAUAAAUCUAGAAAUCAAUCUUCUUUUUUAUUUGAAAGGUUUGGAUGAGACUUAAUAAGUAUAUGUUGAUAUAUUUUAAUUAUGUAAAAAUAAUGAUCCUGAAUUAAUAUUAAAGCAAGUGACUACAUUAUCAGCUUUCGAUUUUAAUGGAGUAAAUAUUUUAAUGGAUGUAAUUAUUAAAAUUAAAUAUUUAGGCUUAAGCAAUAUUUUAAACUUUCAAUUAAAAUAAUUGUUUCACUUAAAAACUAUAAAUAAUGAUAGAUUAAAUGAUUUCACAAUAAAUUAUUUGA